AUGGUGAGCCCUGCAGAGCGGGUAGAAGUGGCAGUACAUUUUUUUGCUCACUACAAAUUUAUUUAUUUCAGAGAAAUGGCAAAAGAAAGUAUAUUUCGGGAUCUCCUGGAAAUCCUGAUGAGUGCCUCAAGUGAAAUUGAGCAGGCCUACAAGGACUCCUGUGAAUUGGUAGAUCUAGACACCUGCCUGCUGCUCAUAGCAGAGUGUUUCAGAUGUCUGAGGAAUGCCUGUGUUGACUGUGCCAAGAAUCAACAUGUCAUGAGGAACUUGGGUCUCAUCUCUACAUCUGUCCAUUUGAUCAAAUUGCUUCAUGGAAUACAAAUCAAAGAAGAAUUGUUAUUGACUGCUCUUCGUUGUAGCCUCCAGUUUCUUGGAAACGUUGCAGCAGGAAACGGAGAUUCCCAGAACAGCAUUUGGAAGUGUGCUUUCCCAGAUCUCUUCUUGACAUGCCUAAUGUACAGUGAUGAGAAAAUUGUUGCCUAUUGUUGUAUGGUCCUGUUCACCUGCCUUAAUUCAGCCUUAAUUAGGUUCUUGAUUGUUACAGACCAUUUGCUGAAAUGUCCAGAGUUGGUAAAAGCCCUCUAUGCCAAACUGAGCAAUCAAGAAAGAGUUACUUUGUUAGAGCUGAUAAUGGCGAAAGUAAGUGAGAAGAACCCAGUUACCAGUGAAGAAAUGAAUGUGUUCAUGAGACAUGCUGACUUCCUUGCAGGGUGUUUCCAAGAGAAACGUGAAGCUGUGCUCAAGUUAACUUCUGCAGCAGGUGCAGAAGAUGAGGAAGCACUGGUUACAAUUCGUCUUCUUGACGUUCUUUGUGAAAUGACAUCAAACAACGGACAGCUAGAACAUCUGCAGGCUUUGCCUGGUUUUCUUGAAACAGCCAUAGAUACCCUGAGAUUAACUCAUCUUGCUGGGAAACAGGCAGUAAAUAUUUUCACUGCCACACAUGCUAUGACAGGGCAGGAAGAAAUUUCACACCCAGCUGUGGGUUUUAAAUCUCAUCUCAUUCGUUUGAUUGGAAAUUUGUGUUACAAAAAUAAGGAAAACCAAGACAAGGUUUAUGAGUUAGAUGGCAUCCCUUUGAUCCUGGACAACUGCAGCAUUGAUGACAACAAUCCUUUUGUGAACCAGUGGGCAGUAUAUGCUAUCCGAAAUCUCACUGAACAGAAUGAGAGAAACCAAGAGCUUAUUGCGCAGAUGGAGGAGAAGGGGCUGGCAGACAAUUGUGCCCUUGAGAGUAUGGGUUUAGAGACAGAGAAACGAGAUGACAAGUUAAUUCUGAGAUCUGUCAGGAAAAAGCCCUCGUGAACAAAAAAUUAAGAACAGUCAAAUCAUUAAAAGAGGAUUUCUCUUUUAACAUAUUUUUCCCUGCUCAGGCAAUCAAGAUUUCUUCAGUUUUAGUUCCAGUCUGCUGGAAGUGUUACAUUCAUUCUCAGAAAAACUGCCAAAUGAUACUUCUGCCUCACUGUUGUAAACAAAAGGACACCUAUGCAUUUUCUAAAUACCUAGGUAAAUUAACCUAUGGAAAAAAUCCUUCUUUUCGGAUGGUUGAAAUUGCAUUACUUUCUUGUUUUGUUAGUAGAAAGAUGUCAUGCGUGCAGUAUUGUGUUGUUAUAAUUUCCAUUGCUGAACCUGGAGUUAACUAUCAUUAAAAACUCAACAAAGAAAUAACUGCUUUGCAGUCUGCCUUCUCCAUUUAAAAGAUCUAUGCUGAGUCAGGGCUAAACAAUGGAAGUUACUCGUUUUCAAUCAUAGUGCUUAAAUAUCUCUGCUUAUAUAAGGAUCAGUGGAACACUGGAUGUACAUAAAUAGUGAAUUAAACACAACAUGCCUUCUGUGUAUUUAAAUUAUUAGUAAAUUGUCUUUUCUACCUUG